GCCUUAGAAACCGCUGCUAAGCCUAAACCCUAAACCCUACGCUAAUUCUUUCUCUCCCCGAAAUCCUCGCCGACUCCUUCCCGAAACCCUCGCAUGUGCCUGCCCCCUUCUCUGGCUUCGCCCAAAACCAUCGCCUUCGUCACCGAACCCUCGCGAUACAGUCGCUAUUGGAGCUAGCUGGGAAAGCAACGACGGGAUCGCGGCUUACAGAGACCCGAAACUCCCAUUUUUUUACUCCUGCUCCUCUCCUACCUGAAACCAUUGAGGAAGGUAUAAGGUUAUCUGAUUCAAGAUAUAUAUCAACAGAAUGGUUCAGUACAACUUCAAAAAGAUCACCAUUGUUCCUUCGGGAAAGGAAUUUGUCGAUAUCAUUCUUUCACGAACUCAACGCCAGACUCCAACUGUCGUGCACAAGGGAUAUGCCAUUUCACGCCUCCGACAAUUUUACAUGAGGAAAGUGAGAUUCACCCAGCAAAACUUCCAUGAGAAGCUCUCCACCAUCAUCGAAGAGUUCCCUCGAUUAGAUGACAUUCAUCCAUUCUACGGGGAUCUGCUCCAUGUCCUCUACAACAAGGAUCACUACAAGCUUGCCCUCGGCCAAAUCAAUACUGCAAGAAACAUCAUUGGAAAGAUUGCGAAGGAUUAUGUUAGGCUGCUCAAAUACGGUGACUCUCUCUAUCGAUGUAAGUGCUUGAAGGUAGCCGCUCUUGGUCGAAUGUGCACAGUUAUAAAGCGGAUUGGGCCUAGUUUAGCUUACCUAGAGCAGAUCAGGCAACACAUGGCUCGGCUCCCUUCCAUAGAUCCCAACACUCGAACCAUCUUGAUAUGCGGAUACCCGAACGUGGGCAAGAGUUCAUUCAUGAAUAAGAUCACAAGGGCCGAUGUGGACGUCCAGCCUUACGCUUUCACUACGAAAUCACUCUUCGUCGGUCAUACAGAUUACAAGUACUUAAGGUAUCAGGUGAUUGACACUCCUGGGAUUUUGGAUCGACCAUUCGAGGACCGCAAUAUUAUUGAAAUGUGCAGUAUCACUGCAUUGGCACAUCUUCGAUCUGCUGUUCUGUUCUUCCUCGAUAUAUCUGGAUCAUGCGGAUACACCAUUGCUCAACAGGCGGCAUUAUUUAAUAGCAUUAAGUCACUCUUCUUGAAUAAGCCUCUUGUCAUUGUUUGUAAUAAGAUCGAUUUGCAGCCCCUCGAUGGUCUUUCUGAGGAAGAUAUGAAGCUGGUUAUGGAUAUGAAAGCAGAAGCAAUUAAAUCUGUCUUGGCCCAAGGUGGUGAACCUGAUGACGAAGGGGUUUUGCUGACUAUGAGCACCUUGACUGACGAUGGUGUUAUUUCUGUUAAGAAUGCUGCUUGUGAGAGGUUGUUGAAUCAGAGGGUGGAGAUGAAGAUGAAAUCUAAGAAGAUAAAUGAUUGCUUAAAUAGGUUCCAUGUUGCGAUUCCAAAGCCUCGUGAUAACAAAGAGCGGCCUCCUUGUAUUCCUCUGGCAGUUCUAGAGGCCAGAGCGAAGGAGAAUGAGAAGAGGGAGAACAGGGAACUCGAAAGAGAUCUUGAGAAUGAGAACGGUGGCGCUGGUGUAUACUCUGCUAAUCUUAGGAAACAUUAUAUUUUGGCCGAGGAGGAGUGGAAGGAAGACAUUAUGCCAGAGAUCUUAGAUGGGCAUAAUAUUUAUGAUUUUGUGGAUCCUGACAUCUUACAGAGGUUGGAAGAGUUGGAGAGGGAAGAAGGGCUUCGGAUCGAAGCCGAGUCUUAUGAAACAGAAUUUGAAAUGGAUGGGAAAGAGGUGACUCAGGGGGGGCGAGAGGUGAUUCGAAGGAAGAAGAGUUUGCUCAUACAAGAACAUAGGAUGAAGAAGAGCACCGCAGAGAGCCGCCCUACUAUUCCUCGAAAGUUUGAUAAGGACCGAAAGUUCACAACGGAAAGAAUGGGGAGGCAGCUUUCAUCUUUGGGCUUGGAUCCGGCUUCCGCCAUUGAUCGAGCGAGAAGUAGGUCUGCCUCGAGAAAGGGCCGGAAGAGGGAUCGAUCAUUGGCUGGUGAUGGUGUUGAUGGCGAAGCCAUGGAUGUUGAUGACGAACAUAAGAGCAAGAAGCUGCGACUGAGGUCACGUUCGAGGUCGCGUUCACGGCCGCCGGGCGAAGUUGUACCUGGAGAAGGAUUAAGGGACUCUGCACAGAAGUUGAAGGCGAUCAAGCUUAAAAAGAAGUCGGAGAAGGUGAGAAACAAGGCGGCUCGGCGAGGUGAGGCAGAUAGAGUCAUUCCAAAUCUCAAACCUAAGCACUUGUUCUCUGGAAAGCGAUCUAUAGGAAAGACACAGAGGCGCUGAGAUAUGCAAUUUGAUGUUUGAUUUGAUUAAAGUUGUUUUUCUAAGUAUCCUUUUAUUGUGUUUUGGAUGUAAUUAGGAUUUGUGGUAAACUAUGAGGAUUUUUGUUCUGCAUGAAAAUUUUUACAUGUUUUGCUAGCCAUAAACUAUUCGAGUUUUUAUAAAUUAAG